UGUGUUAGGUUGUCAUAACUUUCACUUCCUUAAAGGGAACAUAAUCUUUAGAUCAUUAUGGUCUUCGUAUACGUUUUUAGAUAAUUAUAAUCGCGUGUAAUUGUGUCAUUUAGUUCCUUUCGUGGUUCUUUGAUCGUAGAGAAAAUUGGAAAGUAUUCGUAUAAUGAACGGUUUAUUUGUUUAUAUGCACAUUAGACAUUUAGCCAGAAAUAUUUAAUGUGACAUUAUUAACUGUAAAAUAAUUCACCUAUUAUUAUUAUUAUUUAUCGAGUGAAUCAGUUAAUAUUCAGAUCGUUUUUAACUUUUGGCAUUGGUUGAUCUUAAGCCUCUCGAGCUGCAUUCGAUGUCGCCAAAUAAGUCCGUAUAGUCAGUCGAAGGUGAUCGGCAGUGACUCACGCGCCGUGUAGGUGCCCGGACAGACCCUGAGUUACUCGAUCGCCUUACAGGCUCAGUCGCAUCCACCACGUUUUACUAACACUACACGAGUACUUAACUUGUUUCAGUACAAGUGACCAUUAUUCAGUGUGUGACGGGCUAAGAAAUAUCAGUGUGGUCGCUAUUCUUUUUAUGGCUUUUAAAAAUAAAAGCGCCUAACGUAUAUUCUAUGCCACCUGUUCUGGGUGAAGCUAAAGAAGGAAGUAAACGGGCCGCGCCAGCUUUUAGCAUAACAGGCCGAGGGAAAGCUGUGGAAUCAAAGACUUCUAUGCCAGGACCUGGAACGUAUACUACUGAUAAGGCAGCCACGGUUUUAACAAAGCGACCUCCAGCUUAUACAAUGGCUCCAAGAAGAGAAGUGAAGCCACCCUCAGCUGCCGUGCCGGGACCCGGUGUCUAUUGUCCUGAAAAGGCAGAUACUAUACAACGCUCGAGUUCACCUAAACAUACGUUUUCUAGUAAAAUGAAAAUUGUAAAAAUGGAACAAGUUCCGGCACCAAAUGCUUAUUGUCCUGAAAAAGCAGAUAAGAUAUUGAGAGAAAAGUCGCCUGCAUUUUCAUUUAGAACUAAAACUGAAAUUACAAAAGUACAUAAUGGACCUGGUCCAAAUGUUUAUUCGCCAGAAAAAGCCAUACAUUCAUUAAAAAGUGGUCCAAAAUAUACAUUAGCAGGGAAAGGCAUUGCUGAAAAGCAUGAAGUUACUCCUGCACCUAAUUAUUAUAAUCCUCAAAAAGCAGAUAAAAUUUUACAUGAGAAUUCACCGGCUUAUUCUAUUCGAUCAAAAGAAGUCGUCGAAAAAAUUGAACAAACACCUGCACCUAAUGUAUAUGCACCCGAGAAAUCUAUACAUAUGCUAAAUGGUGGACCAAAAUUUUCAAUGUAUGGAAAAACGGGAACUGUAAAAGCAUCAGAGACUCCAGCUCCAAACAGCUACGAUCCUCAGAAAGCAGAUAAAGUUUUACACGAAGCUUCUCCAGCUUAUAGUUUCAGAAUUAAGGAACAAACGACUGUCAGGAGUGAAUCUCCUGCUCCAAAUGUAUAUGCUCCAGAAAAGUCUCUACAUAUGUUAGAUAGUGCCCCGAAAUUUAGUAUAAGUGGAAAAGGAGUUUCUAACAAAAUACCUGAUACUCCAGGGCCAAACGCUUAUUCACCAGAUAAAGCUGAUAAAUUAUUACAUGAGUCAUCUCCAGCUUAUACGUUCCGAGUUAAAGAUCAAUUAAAUAAAGUUAGUGACACGCCAGCUCCUAAUGUAUAUAAUCCAGAUAAAGCUGAUAAACUUCUUCAUGAAUCGUCUCCUGCCUAUACAUUUAGACCUAAAAAUGCUUUGGAUAAACCUAAUGAUACACCUGCACCAAAUACAUAUGAUCCACAUUUAUUAGACGGUGCGCCAAAAUUCAGUAUGUAUGGUAAAGGUCCCGAUAGUAAACCAUCUGAUACACCAGCACCAGGUGCUUAUGAUCCCCAUUUACCUGAUGGAACACCAAAAUUUAGUUUAUAUGGUAGAGGCCCUGAUGCUAAACCGUCUGAUACACCAGGACCAUGUGCCUAUGAUCCCCAUUUACCAGAUGGAACUCCAAAAUUUAGUUUAUAUGGAAAAGGUCCUGAUGCAAAACCAUCUGACACACCAGGACCAUGUGCCUAUGAUCCUCAUUUGCUAAAUGGAGCACCAAAAUAUAGCUUAUAUGGAAGAGGUCCCGAUGCUAAACCAUCUGACACACCAGGACCAUGUGCCUAUGACCCUCAUUUACCAGAUGGUGCACCAAAAUAUAGUUUAUAUGGAAGGGGUUCUGAUGCUAAACCAUCUGAUACACCGGGACCGUGUGCCUAUGACCCUCAUUUACCAGAUGGUGCACCAAAAUAUAGUUUAUAUGGAAGGGGUCCUGAUGCUAAACCAUCUGAUACACCGGGACCGUGUGCCUAUGACCCUCAUUUACCAGAUGGUGCACCAAAAUAUAGUUUAUAUGGAAGGGGUCCUGAUGCUAAACCAUCUGAUACACCGGGACCGUGUGCCUAUGACCCUCAUUUACCAGAUGGUGCACCAAAAUAUAGUUUAUAUGGAAGGGGUCCUGAUGCUAAACCAUCUGAUACACCGGGACCAUGCGCUUAUGAUCCUCACUUAAUAGAUGGGACACCAAAAUAUAGUUUAUAUGGAAAAGGUCCAGAUGCUAAACCAUCUGAUACGCCAGGGCCAUGCGCUUAUGAUCCACAAUUACCAAACUCUACUCCAAAAUUCACUAUCGCGGGAAAAGGUCAACAUGGAAAAGUAUCUGACGUACCAGCUCCAAAUGCAUACGACCCUCAUCUUCCCAAUAACACACCUAAAUUUACUUUAUCUGGUAAAGCCCCAGAUAAUAAACAUUCUGACACUCCUGGUCCCAAUAGUUACAAUCCUGUUUUACUAAAUGGUUCUCCGAGGUAUACUAUUUCUGGAAAAGGGCCUAAUGAAAAACCGUCAAAUACUCCUGCACCAAAUGUGUAUGACCCCCAUCUACCACAUAAUUCACCAAAGUAUACAAUAUCAGGAAAAGGUACAGACUUGAAAAUUCCUGAUGUUCCGGCACCUAAUACAUAUGAUCCUAAUAAAUAUCAUUACAUGUUAGACGGUGUACCCAAAUAUAGCUUUGGUAUAAAAGGUCCCGAUCAUAAACCUUCAAAUAUUCCUGCUCCUAAUGCAUAUUGUCCUGAAAAAGCGGAUAAGAUUUUGCACGAAAAUUCACCUUCAUAUACAUUCCGUCCUAAAAUUGUUAAUGGGAAAGUUAUUGAUACACCUGCUCCUAAUUACUAUAAUCCUGAGAAAGGUGACAAGGUUUUACACGAGACGUCACCAGCAUAUACUUUUAGACCAAAAAUUGAUAAUGGAAAAGUAAUAGAUACACCCGCUCCCAAUUCUUAUAAUCCUGAUAAGGCCGACAAAAUUAUAUCAGAAAAAUCACCAGCUUAUACUAUGACUCCAAAGGGCAAGCAUGAGAAAAUUAAUGAAAAUCCAGCUCCUAAUGUAUAUAAUCCAGAGAAAGCGGAUAAAAUUCUUUUGGAUAAUGCGCCGCGAUAUUCAUUUAGAAUUAAAACUAAUCCUCAUAAGCCAGACAAUAUUCCUGCGCCUAACAGUUACAAUCCAGAUAAGGCCGAUAAAGUACUGAUGCAUAGUUCUCCACAAUACACAUUUAGAAUCAAGACCGAUACGUUAAAGGUUCUAGAUACUCCUGCUCCAAAUACGUACACCAUACCUAUACCUGUAAAGACGCCACUAUAUACUAUAUCUGGACGACAUAAGGAGCCUAUUGACGAGAGACUAAAAGUUCCAGCACCCGGCACAUAUAACCCUGAAAAGGGUUAUAAAUUUGUGUUAACGUAUUCCCCGCAGUAUACUUUUGGAGUUAAAAUACAUACGGACAAAUAUGCUGAAACGCCUGCACCGAAUACAUACCGAAUACCAUCUGUGCUGGACACCCCGGUGUACACCAUGUCAGGUCGUCACAAAGAGCCGGUCGACGAUCGGGUACGAGUUCCUGCGCCUGGCACCUACUCACCGGAAAAGGUGCAAAUUACCAAGACACCACAUAUAACGUUUGGUAUCAAGCAUUCACCAUUACUGGGGCAAUUGAAACCUAUUGAGCCUCUUCGUCCAAUUGAAAAGAAUAUCUCUAACGUCUCAAAUAUAACACAAACAAAAAUUGUCGAAAAGAAAACAAGCAACGAAAUUAAACAAAUUAAUGAUAAUGUCGAAACCGACGUUAAUAGACAGAUGAUUUUAAACGAAUCAAAUACUAUUAAUUCUGAACAUCCACAUGUAACGCAUGUGCGUGCAGAAAGUGAAUUAAGAAGUACUACGGUAACUCCAGAACCCGUUAAAGAAGUGCUGACUCAAGAAAUUGUUUGGGUGCCAGAACAGCCACCCCGCCGUGGUUCAUACACUAUUGAUAGGAGUGACGGUUUUAUCGAAAGAUACCAGAAUAGUGAAGUUGUUCCUCUCGAGAAUGGAAUGAUUAGAAUGGCUGCAAAAGGUGAACGUGGAGCAUCUACGACGAAGGAGUCUAGUACUGAACUAAUUAGAGGUGAAGGAUAUGAACAAAAUGUGCAGAGGAACGUUGAAAAUACAUCUGCCCAUGAAAAGAGUCAAGCUGCAUCUGAGGAGGUGCGCACUGGCACCGAAGUUCAAAAUCUUCCAAACGGAGGUAUUGCCAAAACCACCACCACUACUACUAUUCGCAAAGUAGGAACAGCAGCUAGGACUGCAAAUGCAACUACGACCGUCACUCGCACAGCGACUGCAGUCACUUCCCGUGAUAUCGGUGUGAAAUAAUUUCAACUAGAAGAUAAUUUUUUUAAUAGAUAUCUUCACAGAAUGCUUAAAUUGGCUAAUUUAAUUCGUUACCUAUUAUAUACUAUUGUAAACUUAACUUACCUCUUGCUUCUGUAUAAUUUAACAACAAACAUCAUGUUUGGACGAUUAAGUUUAAUCCUUUGUCUGAGAGCUUGUUUACGACUCUACGAUAUUUAAUUUAUUCUCACUGUGCCCUCGAUUCGUCUCUCUAUCUAUUUAUAGACAGACGUGAUCUCUAAAUGUUGAUAUUGCAUGUUAUUUAUUUUUAUUUUACUCACGUUCUAAUUUUAAGAAAGACAUUAUUCCUACUUUUUAAUUAUUAAUUGUCUUAUAUAACCCACUAAUGUUAGUAACUGUUAUUACCUAUAUAAUUUUUGCAAUAAAUUUUUCUAUUAA